UUUUCCAGCUAAAUAGUAAACAAUUUGUGUGCUAAGAAGACUCUCAUUGUGUAGUUUCCGUCGUCUCUCAAUAUAGAGAGACCUAUCUCACGGUUUCAAAAUUGUAUUCGGUGUGUGGACAGAGAAGUCUGUUGAUCGAAUGGAUAUGAUAAGUGAGUUGCCCGAUGAACUUCUUUUGAAAGUAUUGUCGUUACUACCUGCGAAAGAUGUCGCGGCCACAAUGGUGCUGUCAAGACGAUGGAGGUUUCUUUGGAAGUUUGUGCCAAAACUUGAAUAUGAUUAUAACAUCGCUCAAUUUGUUAACAGUUAUUUGCAGUUACACGAAGCUCCGGUUCUAGAAAGUUUGUGUUUCAAACUCAAUCAAAAUACUGCUGAUAUUGUAGAUAUUGGAGCAUGUGCUAUGAGACGAUGUUUGCGCGAGCUGAUCAUCGAGACUGAUUUUUCACAUUUUUAUACUCAAACUCUAGUCUUUAUUCCAGGAAGCUGCUUGCUUGUGACAUUGAGUCUAAAUAACGCGUUCCUUGAUGAUUUUUAUUCUCCAAUAAUUUCUUUCCCAUGUCUUAAGAAAUUGAGUCUUAUACGAAUCAAGUACAUAGGUCGUGAUGAAUUUGUCAACAAGCUUUUAUCCAAUUGUCCUGUUCUUGAAGACUUGGCUGUUGACCGAUGUGAGGAUGAUUAUGUAUUCAACUUCACAAUUAGGGUGCCUUCUUUAGAGAGUUUAGUGUUCAGUACAUCACCAUAUAGACCUAAAGACAAUGCACAUGGGUCAGUGAUAGAUGCUCCUUCUUUGAAAAUCUUGAACAUUUUGGAUUAUUCAAGUGGGUUUUUUCUCAUUGAGAAGAAAAUGCCUAAGAUUGUGAAGGCAUACCUCGACGUCGGCUAUAGUUGCACUAAGGAGCUUCUAGGACCUAUUGCUUCAGUUAAACAACUUUAUAUAUGUUUAUCCACUUCCAUGGAAGCAUAUCAUGAAGGAAGAACAUAUAGCCAGCUUGAACGGUUGGAGCUAUGUAUUUGCAAAACAGAGUGGUUGAAUCUUCUUAUGCGUCUUCUCAAAGAUUCGCCUAAACUAAGAUUUCUCAAAGUAGAACAGUACCAUAUAAUUCGGAAUGGACAUAUAUGGCCGUGCUGGAGUGAACCAAGCUAUGUUCCCGAACUAAGUCUCGAAACUUUCAUAUGGAUACCAUACGAAGGAAGAGAAGUAGAGAAACAAGUCGCUAGAUUCAUCUUAAAAAACUCUGGUCGUUUAAAGGCGGCAACCUUCUAUCACAAAUCAGUAGAUCCUGAAGAGAAGCUUGCGAUGCUCAUGGAGUUGUCAAUGUUAUCUAGGAGUUCAAUAUGCGAGAUUGCAUUCAAAGAUAUGGCUGAACUUCCAUGGAAUAGGUAAACAUUUGGUUGCUAGGAGUUAGAUCCAAGGUUAAAAGACUAGUAACUUGUUGCUACCAUUGUUGGUUUCUUCUUAUAGCCUUAUUUAUUGGCAUUUAUGCAGAACUAGGGGUUCUAUUCUAGCAAUCUAUGCAGUCAAAAAUAGCAAAUGACUAAAAUACCCUUUUAAAACUUAGAAAAAUUACAACGAACCUUUGCUCUUCCUCUCUGGUUCUCUCGACAAAAGAAGUGAGAUUUAUAGGGUUCCUCACUCCCUUACA